AUGGCAAAUUCCGUAGCGGCAGCAGGACAACUUCUUGUCGCGAAACGGCCAGAAACAGAGACCACGGUCGCACUUCGCAUAAAUACGAUCAACUCUGCGAUGGAACAACUGCGUUUGCGGCGAUGCACAUCCGAUUCGGAUACGUGCAGCUCCCGUUCACAACCGUCAUCCGAAAUUCGCGGUUGGAUUCAUUCGCAAGAGAAGCGACUGCUUGAGUUGGAGCAGCGCUUGAAAGAAGGCGCUGGAUUGACAAAACUGCUAUCAGAUCAGCAGGUAGGGUUUUAUAUGGAUCGUUAA